AUGUCCGAGGAAAGACUUCUGGAGGACGGCCUCAUCACACCUCGCAGUGCUGGCACCGUGUCGCCAGUCUUGGAUACGGAACGUAAUGCGCUCAUUGCCCGGCUCACGCCAAUGACCAAGACGGACUUUCGUAAAACGGCCGUGGCUGCUGCGUUCCCUGACCGCACGUGGGCAGAAAUCUGCGCCGCGGUCGAAAACAUGCCCAUUCCGGAGGAGCUCACGUGGCCGGAACUCCAGUUGGUUGUGCUGGAAUGGCACCGGGCCGAGCCCAUCAACUUCGCCAUGCUCGAAGAAGAGUGUUUUGCUCGUGACCGGAAGUCCAUCCACGCCCGGAUUAUGCACUUGGAGGAGAUCUACGGCGCCAAGCGCAACGGACUCGCGUGCCCGAUCAUCUGUGCGUUUGAGCUUGCGGCCCAGAACCAGAUGCUCACCUACACCGAAAUCUCUCCUUUUCUCCCCGGAUACUCUCUGGAAGAGCUCCGAACGUUGGUCGCGUCCAACUUCCCACAUAGAAUGCGAUUCACGCGUGCUGAGGUCGACUCCAUCUGCGAUGGCCUCCGAAAGGGGCUUGGCCCCGAGGAUUUGAAGACCAACCUUCCGUUCAGGCGUAUCGGCGUCGUGCGCCAGAAGGCCUUGACCUUGAAGAACAAGUUCAACAUACUGAAGGUAGAGCCGAAGAACACCGAGUACGAGAAGAUAAUAGACCUGAUCAUCAGAUCUGACUUGACUGAUACUGGCAUCAAAGAGGCUGCCCACAACGAGUCCUUGUCGAAGCUCAUCAAGGACAUACAAACCACGAUCGAAGACCGCGGCGGAAGCGAAUCCAUUCCCUUCACCAAACCCGAAAACGAGAUCUUGCGCUUGAGCUUGCAGGGUGAAUUGACCGAUAAACAAUGCCAAUCGGAGCUUCUAUUCCGCUCUUGGCGCGAAAUUCUGCAAAAGAGAACAGAAUUGGAGUCUGUGCACUCGAGGCAAAAGAAAUUCUCCAGCCAUCUCGAACGACUCAUUUAUGAAGCACAAUGGUACUCAUCAAUGGCGGAGGAUUCUGCACGGGGGAGCCGUAGAAGACUGACAAGGACCGACGUGGAAUUCAGCGACCUACGGGAAAAGGCCCUCAAGGCGAAGGAACAAAAGAAGCCCGUGAAUGGCCCCGAAACACAGGAAAAAAUUCGAACCAACGAAUUGAUUACAUUGAAACGGAAAGAGACCAGAAGGAGAAACCUUGAAGAGAAAGAACGAAAAAAAUUACAGCACAAAGCACCUCCUAUACGAACCCGUUCCAAAACAAAAUCCCGAAGUGGCGAGAAGGGCAAAAUUGAAAAGCUUGUUGAGGAGGCAGAAUGGUUCCAAAGUAUUUGUGGGGAUGGCCAUACUGUUCUGACAGGCGAGAAAAGGAAACGUACUCCCGUCAUGCAUUUGGUGCCGGAGUUCAAAGACAGGCAGAAGUUGAAAACGGCACAGAAGCAACUCAUGGAGCAAAAGAAAAACAAAAGCAAGUGUAAACCAGACAGGCUUAUGUCUGAAACCCCCAUGACUGAAGAUAGCGAAGCGGAAAAGGAAUCGAUGGAGAAGUUUAAGAACGUCAUGGAAACUGAGAACCCUUCAGACCUCGAAGAGAUAAGCCCAUAUGAUCCGACUGAUAUCAAUCAUGACACGUCAGUGACUUUCGAGAACCGGGUCUUAUUCAACGAAGCUAUUUCAUCUCGAAUACUUUUUCCUUCGCGCAUCGAAUUCAGUUCUGAUGUCCUGGAAAUUCUUCAGCCCGGAAAGCUGGUUCCCAUCAAUAAUACUUUGGCUGCUAAUAUCAUCAGAGAGCAUGAUAAUUGCUACAAGUCUCUCCCCGAUACUUUUCCACCUUUCCAGAUCCAAAACGCGGCAGGUGAAAUGACAAUAAACCCAAGAAACAUUAUACACAUUCGCUAUCUUCUUUAUCCGCAGCACACUGAACAAUACAUCUUGGCUGAACCGAAAAGCAACCAACUUGAUCCUAUUCGAGAGAUCAUCAAGGUCUUUCAAAUUCACUAUGGAUUGUUCUUUUCGUAUUCUCCAAAAUUGAAGAAUAUAAUUUAUGAUGAUUUUUGCCAAAGCAUGAUACUGGCCGUUGAUGGCAAUGACUUUCUGAAAUUCAUGUAUAUCAUUGACAAAUGGAACGCAUUGAUGUUGGAGCUUUCCCCAUAUCCGAUUGAAAUUGACCCAAAGAUUGACAUAAACGGAAGCUUACGAGUGUACCUCCCAAAGUCUUAUGCAUUUUGUCAUGACAUAAAAGAAUCGAAAAUUCAAACUUUCUACACAGAGGUUCUUCAUGCAGGCGAAAAAGCUCGCAAGAAUGGCAAUCAGUCACCAGCUAAUAUGUUUCAAAGGAAAAUGAGCUUAACUCUUAAGCUGCCGGUUAUUGGUGGUCACCAAAGCCAUUUACCAGAAGUAUUUGUUUCGCGGUAUCGACAUAUGCGGCCCAUGGCAUAUUCAGUAGCUUUUAUCGAUCUGCUUGCCAACAAGACCGAUAUUUCAAGGUAUUGCUCUCACCAAUUGCUCAUGAGGGCAUAUACCAGAAUCGUUUCUCCAAGCUCAAGGAAGCUCAGGUCUUACAAGGCGUUCUCUGCCGAGGUGUAUGGUGAGCUUCUUCCUUCAUUUGUCAGUGAAGUUUUGACCAAGAUUAAUUACAAGCCUGACAAAAAAUUCUACGACCUAGGUUGUGGAGUAGGGAAUACUACUUUGCAAGCUGCUCUUGAGUUUGGGGCAGAGAAGAGUGGUGGAUGUGAAAUAAUGGAUCACGCCUCUCGUCUCGCUCGGGAGCAAGAAAUCUUUAUGAGGAAGCAGAUUCUUCUUUUUGGGUUGAAAGCAAUGAACCUUUCUUUUGCCUUAGAUCAAAGUUUUGUGAAGAAUGAGAAGGUUCGAAAAGAGUGUAUCGAAUCUGACGUUGUUCUUGUGAACAACUACUUGUUUGAAUUUGCGUUGAAUGAUGAAGUGGGUAAGCUUCUUUACGGAAUGAAGCCGGGAUCGAAAAUCAUCAGCUUGAAAAACUUUAUUCAGCCGAGGUACAAAUCCAGUGGUGAGAAGAGCAUUUUUGACUAUCUCCAGGUCGAGCGUUUUGAAAUGAGUGACUACUGUUCUGUGAGCUGGACAGCGAACAAGGUUCCAUACUACAUUUCCACCGUCAAAUCAGAGAUAUUAAAAGAAUACUUGUAA